CUACAGCGACAAGACGAGUCGGCGCGCACCCGACGUGGCACGAACCGUCUAUUUAGGCGCGGGAGCAAAGAGCGUGGCCGCCCGUCUUUGGGGUUCAACCGCGUUGGUCGGUUGCGCAUUGGCAUCAGUCUCUGUCCGGCAGUCGCUUCGAGCUGCCGCUUCUUUCUAUACAACCCACAGCCAACCCCUCUCCUCCUUCACUCGGGCUGUGUGUUAUUCAUUUGUUUCAGUCUUGUUCAGUUAGAUUUCCUUUGUACGGUUUCACCCCUCACGCGUUUGGUUUUGGGUUGUUAUACUUGAUUCGAUUUCGUGCCGUGAAGCGCUACACCGUGAAUUAUUAUUAUUAUUACGAAGCAGUUUAUGUCGUCGCAUUUACCUUCUCGCAGCCAUUCCAAAUUGCAUUUCGCGUCCAUUUCGGUGGCACACCCAUAACCUCGCUCGGCCUACAGCUGAUUUGUUUGUUUUGUUAUUACCCCCCAUCGACUUGAUUGGCUUCUUCUCAGUGUCUCCCAAUCGUGACCCAAUCCAUCGUGAGCGCGCCCAGUAAUCACUGGAAAGGGACCCGAAACCUGGAAGGCCUCCCGUCUUAUUCAUCCAUUUAUAGACGGAACUAGACAAUAAAUUACAGGACGUCGCCCGUUUCCAGCAAGGCCACUCCGGGCCACUCGGUGUGUGUAUGUUGUAUACUGGAGCGUCUAGCUGUAUUUUCUUGGCGAUAUAUUUCGGAUGAUUUAACACCGUUACUCAUCUUCAUCCAACAUGGGCAAAAACGGAAGUGUUGAACUCAACUUGACUGAAUGGUUCCAGGCGACCGACAAUGCCAAUAAUAGCGCGACCAAUGAUCAACAAGACACGACCCUGGAUCUCGCUGCUUCGCUGCUCAUCGGUAUCUUCUUGGCUGUGCUCAUUUUCUUGUCUGUGGCUGGUAACUUACUGGUCUGCAUCGCCGUCUACACGGAUCGGACUCUGCGCAAAGUGGGCAAUUUGUUCAUCGUCUCUCUGGCCAUCAGUGACCUCUUUGUAGCCUGUUUGGUGAUGGUCUUUGCCGUCGCCAAUGACCUGCAGGGCUCCUGGAUUUUUGGUGAUCAAUUUUGUGACAUUUGGGUCGCCUUCGACGUCAUGUGCUGCACCGCUUCCAUCCUUAAUCUUUGUGCCAUCUCAAUGGACCGGUACAUUCACAUCAAGGACCCGCUGCGCUACGGCCGCUGGAUGACCAAACGGGUCAUUUACGGUUCCAUUGCCGCCAUUUGGCUUCUAGCGGCGCUCAUUUCAUUCCUGCCCAUUUCCAUGGAUCUCCACCGGCCCAUGCAGGAGUCUGAGCCGUCGGUGACCUUUCAGCUCGACGAUCAGCUCCUGGACAGCACGACGUUCGACCAAGACCUGGCGGCAAUGUCGAGGGCGUCGGAGGCCAGCUCGGACUUUAUGGCACCGCUGGACGCUUACACCGUCAUGAAAAUGGCCAAUGAAGACGAAGACCCUGGAAAUGGCAACAACGCGGAAGUCAUGAGCAACCAGCCGGUCCUGGCCGUGGCGUCGUCGUCGUCGCAGCAAUGCGCCCUGGACUUGACGCCGACCUACGCCAUCGUGUCGUCCUGCAUCAGUUUCUAUUUCCCGUGUUUGGUCAUGUUGGCCAUCUACUCGCGGCUCUACUUUUACGCCAAGAUGCACGUUCAGAACAUUAAGGCCGUCACCAGGCCCGUCAUCCUGCUGGGCCGUUUCGAGCCGGAUCCCAACGAUUCCGGUAAUAAUACGUCGGAAUCGCAACAGCAGCAGCAGCAGACGCAGCCGCCGCAUAAUAAAGUGAAGAAGAAAAAGCGACGCCACUAUCAAUCGCCGACGCCAUCUGGCACGUGUGCGGCGUCUAGUUCGACUGGCAACAAUAAUUACCACGUCUCGGAUCACAAGGCGGCCGUCACUUUGGGCAUCAUCAUGGGAGUGUUUCUCAUCUGUUGGGUCCCGUUUUUCUGCGUCAACAUCGUGGCCGCCUUCUGCAAGACCUGCAUCCCGCCCAUUGUAUUCAAGAUACUCACCUGGCUGGGCUACUCCAACAGCGCUUUCAAUCCCAUCAUCUACUCCAUCUUCAAUCUCGACUUCCGGCUGGCCUUCCAGAAAAUCCUGACGGCCAAAACUCGAUCCUACUGCUGUCACCGCUUCCCCGACAUUUACGAGCCGGGCAACUCACGCUCCAGAGGCAAUUCCGGCCAGAACGGCGGGGCAGGUGGCGGAGGGGCGGGAGUCGCAGCUCAGGGACCAUCCAAUCAGCUGCAUCCGCAACUCGGCAUGGAUCAUUUGAGAGCGAGUCAACAGCCGGAACUACAGCAGCUGGUCAGCAACGGUAACCAUCAAGUGCGUCAAGCCAACCAAGCCAACUGUCAGCAGACGACGGCACCGGCCGAUAACGAGGAGACCGACCGACACAAUUCGGACGAGGACCAAGUGGCCACUUCGUCUGGCACCAGCGUCCUGGUCGUGUCGACAUCGUCAGGCCACAUCAUCAGUUCCAACAGCACGAUGAAAUCUCUCCACCAUCACCACCACCAUCACAUCCGGAGGAUGUCCAACAGCGCGACCCAGCGGAAAGAUUCCGGCCAACACUUACUCAGCGUCGCAGAAAAAGUCGUCUGAUGCAAUGAAACCAUCAGACACGCUCACCCGUCUUUCUCGUCUAAUCAUUUCAAAUGAGUCUCAGCAUCCUCUUGUCCAUGAUAAUCAUACUGUAAACUAUACUCUGGUCGUCUUUUUAUUGGUCAGUAUAUAAACGCACAAGAGAUAUCGUAUAUUAUGUAUAUCGGCUGAUGUGAUUCGGGCUGGUUAUGCAUAACAAUUUCAUACCAUCGGUCUGAAUUAUUCCGCGUUGAUGAACCCCCACCGUCUUUUACACAAGAAGCUGUAAAUUGAAAUAUAUGUGAAGACGCUUUAUUCAAAUGAAUAUAAAUAUAUAUAUUUAAUAAAUAAAUAGAACUAUAUCGCAAUGUAUGACAAAUAUGUGAAAUCAAAUCCCCCUCAUUGAUACAUUAUCCCGCAAUCACCACCAACGAUAUUUGCAGUGUCGUAUCGUAUUAUUCGAUGGUCUGUUGUUGAAUCUUUUUUUAAAUUUAAAUAUAUGAAUACAGAAUACACGUGAAUCACUCCACCGAACAAUCAAAAA